CACAGCCUCACGAUACUGAUCUACUGGAUAGGGCUUCAAGACGCCAACGAUGCGUUCAAUAUCAGCCUCGUAUCGCCGUCGAAAUCGGGCCUGAGUACAAUUUCGACGUUCCAGCCCAAGUUCACGUUUUCCAUCUUCGGCGAGGAAGAGAAAAUCUUUGGAUACAAGGACUUGAAGAUACUCCUGCGGUAUCGUGCUAAUGAUAUGCGGCCGCACCUGCGCGUUGCAUACGGCAAAAAGUUCAAGCCAGUUGGUGAACUUGAACCCACUGAGGUGGCGGAGAUUCUGGAGAGCGGAGGCCAUCUGCCAAAAGUUGCGUUUGCGAAAGCGUCGGAUUUUGAGAACAGCUCACAGCAGCUUGGCGACGACUGGUCCCCUCCUGGAACGCUCCACGAAACCUUCCAGGGCGCCGAUGGCCAGUAUGAAAUCUGGAAGGGCAGCCUCGUCGACCCUGCCGUGAAGCAGCUAAACAGCCGUAUUCAAAUCCUGGUUCCAAUGUUUAUCGAUGGAGGCUCCUAUAUUGGCCAGGACCCAGAGUCAGACUCGUCAGAGUUGGACUAUUCGGACGCUGACCGGUGGACUUUCUUCUUUCUCUACCGCAAGCAAAAAUCCACUGAUGAUCCGGAGAAGAGCGCGUAUACUUUUGUUGGGUAUGCCACGGUUUACCGCUUCUUUUAUUUCAAGCCGCCCAUGACACCGCCACCAUCUCCCUCGGACGAUUGGGAGCUACCCACGGGUUACAUGGAUUUAUCUCUGCUCCCCUGCAGGACGAGGCUUUCACAAUUCAUAAUUCUCCCACCAUUCCAAGGCAAGGGCAGUGGUGCGCGCCUCUACAACACUGUCUUCAAGCACUACCACAGCCACGCUCAGACACACGAGUUCACAGUGGAGAAUCCCAACGAAGCUUUUGACGACCUGCGAGAUACCUGCGACCUGACCUUUUUGCGAACAAUGCCUGAAUUUAACGAGCUUCGCCUCGACACCUCUGUGAAGGUUCCCAAAACAGGACCGCUACCUCCCCUAAUCAUUGGCGCACAAAAGCUCGAGAAAAUUCGAUCGCAGGCCAAGAUUGCCCCUCGCCAGUUCUACCGAGUUCUGGAGAUGCAUCUGAUGUCCCAACUUCCAGCAUCUGUCCGCGCGACCAUGUCACUAGACGACGAUGUCCCGUCACCUACAGCCGCUGACAAGCACAAAGAAAAGCUGUGGCAGCUUAUCGUGAAACAGCGAUUGUAUCGCCAUAACAAAGAAAUUCUUUCUCAAAUUGAAGUUUCUCAGAGAAUCGAGAAGCUAUCAGAAACACUGGGCAGUGUAGAGUUGGAAUACGCUAGACUUUUGGCAGCUCAUGAUCGUGCAGCGAAGCAUUCGAACCAACCAAACGGGAAGCGGAAGCUGGAGCAGUCUUCAGCCGAAGCAUCAACCAGCAAGAAGGCGAGAGUGGAAGAUGCGUGA